AGAGAGAGAGUCUCUGUCUCUCUAGGGCAGAGCCAAAUGUGCCGUAGUGGUAGUGCUGGUCCUUUGUUGCUACCGAUGCAAAAGCCCGCCGCCUCCUCCUCCAGUACGCUACCACGUGCAGGUGUUGUCAUUCGAUGGGGACACGCGCAGCAUGCACCCGUGAGCUUGUUGACUUAGGAGGAGCGCGCCCGCCGGAGUGACCGAACUAUACGUAUAUAUACAUACUUCGACGGGAAAAGUAUAUACUACAAAGCAGAGGAAAGGUUCUUCCUCCUCCUUCUCCUCCCCCAGGCGGGAUUUCGCUGUGAGUCGUGCUGCUGGGGUCUAACCUUUCUUAUGAUGAAUGAAAAGGCAUCGUGGUUAUGACCGAACUUUCCAUAUUAUUAUUAUUAAUUUAAAUAUUAACGCAGCGCUGUCGUAUCGAGCCAUGCCCUUUCGUCGUUAAGGUGUUUAAACGCAAUCAAGAUUCUGAAAAGUCGCAGGGAAGUUUGAGCUUAGUUUCGGGGCAGUUUUUAUUGAAAAAAAGUAGAGGUUUUAAAAUUGAAGUUUUGCGUAGUCUGGGGCCAGUCCGUCGUAAGACAUCCCUCCUACUGUAUAUAUGCCAAGAAUUUUAUUCCUCCCAAGUUUGUGUUUCCAACGUCGUUACAGCUGCUCUCACACAAGUGCGACGUUGGCUAUCUUUCCCCAUCGGUUGCUGCCAUUUCUUCUUAGUAAAGCCUGCCUCCGCCCAUCACCACGGCCUCCAGCGCUAUCACCGCCCGGACCCUGCCUCGGCUUCCCCCCCGGGCUCCUCCCCUCCCCCGCCCCCUCCUCUACAACCACCCACGGUGCCUUCGGGAUCCCCACCUUGCGGGUUCCCUCCCGUCGCAGCCACCGCUACCGCCGCCGCCGCCGGCAGAAUGCACCAGACGGCCGUGCCCUCCGCUGUGUGGCAGCGGAGGACCAACAAGAUCAUUGCCGUGGGCAUCACCAUCAUCGGCCUGACGAUGAUGUUGUCCCUCAUCCCCCAGUGCAUCUUCAUCGGGGUCGUUUUCGUCUCCUGCUCCCUCAUAUGGCUUGGGUGGAUGACUGUGAAGGAGAAGAAGGUGGAACCUCCUCGCCCUGAGGAACACCCGGCAUCUCCUGUGCUCUUCUUGGUCGCUUCUCAUCAUCUUCGGCAGACUUCCCGAGGUCCAACUUUACCCGACCCUGAGGACAAACCGCCGAGUUAUGACCAGAUCCUGAAAUUGGAUGGACUUCCGCCCGACUAUUACUCCAUUCUCUCCGAAAAGCCCCCCAGAUACGAAGACCUGAGCCCCACCUUGGGCUGGGGAGCGUGCGCCUUACCUGUAGAACUGUAUACAACGGAGUUACCUUGCGUCCACUCCAGCCAGUCCACCCCCGUAGGAUCCUCACCCUCUGUCUUAGACGUGGCCCUGCGUCCAGCGGAAUCCUCAACGUCCUCCUCGACGGCGUUCAUGAGCGAACUCCCGACGUCCUGGUCGGCGCAAUCCCUGCUCCCGCCGACGUAUAGCGCCAGCGGAGGAUUAUUCGCACGGGAGAACCCCAGCUUCGAACCGGUACUCCUUGGGAAGGACGACGGCUCGGAGAAGGAUGCGUUGAAUCCUUCUGAGGAGCCUCCUUCCUUUGCCGUAGCGACCUCCUCCAUGUCCUCCAUGUCCCGUUCGUCCUCGUCUUCAUCUUCGUUCGAAGACGCCAGACAAGAGAUCUCGAAGGCAACGGAGGGCGUCAGCCACGUCUGAAGAAGGCACUUCGAGGUUAAACUCAGUUAUCGCUAAAAAGUGACUUUCUUUUUUUUUUAAUUAUUUGAAACACUGCCGCACUGGAACAGUUGGCUAUGAGGCCUUCGUUUGUGUCUUCGGAAGAUGUGGUUUUGUUUCCUGUGAGGGUUUUUGAAAGGGAAAAUGUUCCCCGUGUCACUGGGACUGAAGGCCAGAACCAGUGGCUGGCUGGACCCAGUGGCUCUGCUAUGGGAUAUAUAUAUGUGUCAUCAUGUAUAGAGUUUUCUAUUGGUAACCACUUCUGUCGUUCUUUGACCAAGAUCUGAGCUCCCUGAUGCUGGGAAGCAUAUGUAUAUAUAUAUAUAUAUAUAUAUAUAUAUAUAUAUAUA